AUGGCCCACGUCGGCCCCGGAGAACUGGACAACAUGGAGGGGCCUCCCUCGGUCAACAACAACAAUCCCACCCGAUGGGAGAGCCCCGAGCGGGGCUGGGAUCGGGAAGCCCCGGCAGCCCCAGCAGCAGCUUCUGGGUCAGCCAAUGCAGCUGCCUCCCUCUUUGAGUGUUCCCGAAUCAAGGCAUUGGCAGAUGAGCGGGAGGCUGUACAGAAGAAGACAUUCACCAAGUGGGUGAAUUCUCACCUGGGGCGAGUGGGCUGCCGCAUCAGCGACCUGUACGGAGACCUGCGCGAUGGCUACGUGCUCACCCGACUUCUGGAGGUGCUGUCAGGGGAGCAGCUGCCGCGGCCCACGCGGGGCCGCAUGAGGAUCCACUCCCUGGAGAACGUGGACAAGGCACUGCAGUUCCUGAAGGAACAGCGCGUCCACCUGGAGAACGUGGGCUCCCAUGAUAUUGUGGAUGGGAACCACCGGCUCACGCUCGGGCUCGUCUGGACCAUCAUCCUUCGCUUCCAGACCAUGGAGUCCCAGGUGGAAGAGUGGUGCCGGGAAGUGGGGGAGCUUCAGGCCCAGACGGCAGCCUUGCCCCUGGAACCCGCAAGCAAGGAGCUGGUAGGGGAGCGGCAGACAGCGGUGGGCACACGCAUCGUGCGCCUCAUCGAGCCCUUGAAGGAGCGGCGGCGCCUUUUGCUGGCCUCCAAGGAGCUUCACCAAGUAGCCCAUGAUCUGGAGGACGAGAUCGCGUGGGUCCAAGAACGAUUGCCUUUGGCGACUCAGACCGACAGGGGGAACAGCUUGCAAUCUGUGCAGCAGCUGAUUAAGAAAAACCAGAGCCUCCGGAGAGAGAUCCAGGGGCACCGAGGCCGCGUGGAAGAGGUGCUGGAGCGUGCUGGGGCCCUGGCCUCCCUGCGCAGCCCAGAGGCCGAGGUGGUGAGCCAGGGCCUGGAGAGGCUGCAGGGCCUGUGGAGCUCCCUGCAGGAGGAGGCCGAGGGGAGGCAGCAGAUGCUGGAUGCCGCCUUCCAGGUGGAGCAAUAUUACUUUGAUAUGUCCGAGGUGGAGGCCUGGUUGGGGGAGCAGGAGCUGCUGCUGAUGAGCGAAGAGACUGGCAAGGAUGAGCAGAGCACGCUCCAGCUUCUGAAGAAACACCUGCUGUUGGAACAGAGCAUCGAGAACUAUGAGGAGAGCAUUGCCCAGCUCUCACGCCAGUGUCGCUCACUGCUGGAGAUGGGGCACCCGGACAGUGAGCAGAUCAGCCGGCGCCAGUCUCAGGUGGACCGCCUGUACGUGGCCCUGAAGGAGCUGGGUGAGGAGCGCCGGGCACGCCUGGAGCAGCAGUAUUGGCUCUAUCAGCUGAGUCGCCAGGUGGACGAGCUGGAGCACUGGAUCGCCGAGAAGGAGGUGGUGGCCGGCUCGCCCGAGCUGGGGCAAGACUUCGAGCAUGUCACAGUCCUGCAAGAAAAGUUCACAGAGUUUGCCAGCGAGACGGGGAAUGCCGGGCGGGAGCGGCUGGCCGCCGUGAACCAGAUGGUAGACGAGCUGAUCGAGUGCGGGCACACGGCCGCGGCCACCAUGGCCGAGUGGAAGGAUGGGCUCAACGAGGCCUGGGCCGAGCUGCUGGAGCUCAUGGGCACGCGGGCCCAGCUCUUGGCUGCCUCUCGGGAGCUCCACAAAUUCUUCAGUGAUGCCCGGGAGCUGCAGAGCCAAAUUGAAGAGAAGCGGAGGAGGCUGCCCCGCCUGACUGCCCCGCCAGAGCCCAGGUCGAAUGCGGGCAGUGUGCAGCGGGCACUGAGGGCCUUUGAGCAUGACCUGCAGCUGCUCGUGUCCCAGGUAAGGCAGCUCCAGGAGGGGGCGGCUCAGCUUCGGACCGUGUACGCGGGGGAGCACGCUGAGGCCAUUGCGGGCCGCGAGCAAGAGGUUCUUCAAGGCUGGAGGGAGCUGCUGGCUGCCUGUGAGGAUGCCAGGCUGCACGUCAGCUCCACGGCAGAUGCCCUGCGUUUCCAUAGCCAGGCCCGAGACCUGCUGACCUGGAUGGAAGGCAUCGUGGGCCAGAUCGGGGCCACUGACAAACCCAGGGACGUGUCCUCGGUGGAGGUGCUAAUGAACUAUCACCAGGGCCUGAAGACUGAAAUCGAGGCCCGGGGCCCAGAGCUGGCCUCCUGCCUGGAGCUGGGCCGUUCGCUGCUGCUGAGCAAGAGCCCCAUGGCAGAUGAGAUCCAGGCCCAGCUGGACAAACUAGUGUCUCGGAAGGAGGCGAUGACGGAUAAGUGGGACCAGCACUGGGAGUGGCUGCAGCAGAUGCUGGAGGUCCACCAGUUUGCGCAGGAGGCCGUGGUGGCCGACGCCUGGCUGAAUGCCCAGGAGCCCCUGCUCCAGAGCCGGGAGCUGGGCAGCAGCGUGGACGAAGUGGAGCAGCUGAUCCGGCGGCACGAGGCCUUCCGCAAGGCGGCUGCGGCCUGGGAAGAGCGCUUCAGCUCCCUCCGGCGCCUCACCACGAUUGAGAAGCUGAAGGCUGAGCAGAGCAAGCAGCCCCCGACACCGCUCCUGGGGCGCAAGAUCUUUGGGGACCCCACAGAGCUUGCGGCCAAGGCGGCCCCGCUGCUGCGGCCUGGACCCUAUGAGCGUGCCCUGGAUCCGCUGGGCAGGAGAAGCCCGGAGCCCCUGGCUGUGCCUAGCCGACUGGACUCGCCCCUGGCCGAAGGCCGAGCCAGGGUGGCCUACGUCCGGCAGGAACUGAAGCCCGAGAGGUUACAGCCCCGGCUGGACCGGCUCCAUGAGGGCCUUGUAGAAGCACUGCCCAGCCUUGGGCUGGGGCCCGGGCCUGGGGUUGGGGCUGGGCCCGAGGAGGCCUCUGGACCUCGGAGGGAGAGGCCCGAGACCCGAGGGGCAGCCCCGGUGGAGGUCACGGUGGAGCGGGGCCGACCCGAGCGGCAGGUGUCCACUGAGCUGGAGGAGCUGCCCCGGCGGAGGGUAGAGAGGCAUCCGGAGAGGCAGGAGUCCGUGGAGGCAGAGCUCAACCCCGUGGCCAGCCUCACCCUGGGCCGCUACGAGCAGCAGGAAAGGCGCAGGGAACGCCGAGAGAGGAGGCUGGAACGCCAGGAAUCCAGUGAGCAGGAGACCCCCCGGACAGACCCUGCCAGAGGGAAGGCCACCCUGGCUGACAUUGUCGAGCAGCUCCAGGAGAAGGAGUCAAGCCCGGGGCCUUCAGCCAAUCCCUCGAUCCCUCAGUCCCGGGAGCUCCCACCCUCGUUCCCUGAGCGGAUGCCCCGGCCUGACCGGCCCCGUGCCCGCGACCGGCCCAAGCCCCGCCGGCGUCCUCGGCCCCGGGAUCCCAGUGGUGAAGGAGGCGGUGCCGGGAGGAGGUCUCGCUCUGCCCCCGCCCAGGGCACCAGCGCCCCACCGCCCCCGCCGCCCAGCCACACAGUACAGCGUGAAGGCUUCUUGCUCCGCAAGAGAGAGCUGGAAGGGCCCAACCGCAAGGCUUCCAACAGGUCCUGGAUGAAUUUGUACUGUGUGCUCAACAAAGGGGACCUGGGAUUCUACAAAGAUGCCAAGGGCCCGUCGUCGGGUGGCACUCAUGGAGGGGAGCCCCUGUUCAGCCUGCACAAUGCCAUCUGCGAGGUGGCCAAUGACUACAAAAAGAAAAAGAACGUCUUCAAACUCAAGACCCACGAUGGCAGCGAGUUCCUUCUCCAGGCCAAAGAUGAGGAGGAAAUGAAGGGCUGGCUCCAGGCCAUGGAAAGCUCGGUGGCGGAGCACGCGGAGAUCUCCCGUUGGAGCCAGACUCUGCCCACCACAUCCUCCACGGAUGAGGCGAACCCAAGGCCAGAAGGCCCAGGCCCUCGAAGAGCUAGUGGCCGCAGGAAGUGA